AGCUUAUGAAGGCUCAAAAUACGCUGGCUUUACGGUGGCAUGUUUUGCCGUAGCAGCGCUGCUUGGACAAAGGUAGCCAAGCGCCAUUUAGUCUGGACACGCUUGGUGUCUAGCAGGUUCGUGUCCCGCAACGUCUAUGAAGAGUUGCACCAUCGAUCCGUGCAGAACCCCCAAGGCUUCUGGAGCGAGGCGGCUGCCGAGAUUUCUUGGGUUCGCAAAUGGCACACUGUCCUGGAGAAGACCAAAGCACCAUUCUAUCGGUGGUUUCCAGGUGGGCAGCUCAACAUGUGCUACAAUGCGGUCGACCGGCAUGUUGAUUCUGGUUCAGGAGGAAAUACAGCACUGAUCUAUGAUUCUCCUUUGGCCGGCGUCAAGAAGCGCUUCACAUUCGAGCAGCUCAAGAACGAGGUGGCAAAGGUCGCCGGAUGCUUGGCCCAAAAGGGCAUCGGAAGAGGAGAUCGUGUGAUUAUCUACAUGCCGAUGAUGCCUGAGGCGGUGUUUGCCAUGCUGGCAUGUGCACGCUUGGGCGCUGUACACUCCGUUGUAUUUGGCGGUUUCGCUGGGCCAGAGCUGGCGACCAGGAUUCGCGAUGCGGAGCCCAAGGCGGUCAUUUGGGCCUCCUGUGGUCUUGAGCCAAAAGGUCCCAUUGCGUAUCAGCCCAUGCUCAAAGAAGCCUUUGAAAUCCUCUCCUGGAAGCCAGCUGUCAGCCUUUGCAAACAGCGGCCUGAGCUAGCAGCCACACUCACAGAUGACCUGGACUGGGAUGAAGAAGUUCCAAAAGCCGCUCCGGCAGACUGCGUCCCAGUCGAAGCCACCGAUCCCUUGUACGUGCUCUACACUUCUGGUUCGACUGGGACUCCAAAAGGUGUGGUGCGAGAUACCGGUGGCUAUGCUGUGGCUUUGAAAAGCUCCAUGACGAAUUUCAUGAGGACCUUCCCAGGAGAAGUCUACUGGGCAGCGUCCGACAUUGGCUGGGUAGUGGGGCAUUCCUACAUUGUCUACGGUCCAUUGCUGCAAGGAUGUGGGACUGUACUCUACGAGGGAAAGCCUGUGGGCACACCAGACGCCGGAGCCUUUUGGCGGGUCAUCCAGGAGUACUCCGUGCGGAGCCUUUUUGCGGCGCCCACAGCGCUCCGGGCAAUCCGGCGAGUGGAUCCGGAGGGCGAGCUCAUCCGUCAACAUGAUCUCUCUUCUUUGCGAAACCUUUUUGUGGCAGGUGAACGAUGUGAUCCUGGAACGUGCCUUGAGCCAUCAACGUGGCUGCAGAUGCUGAAGCCUGUUGAAAGUCCAAAGUCGAAGCUAAGGAGUGAAUUCUUUGCGACCACUUUAAAGACGGGCUUCUUUGACAACUGGUGGCAAACAGAGACAGGUCAUCCCAUUUGCGGUUUGCAAGAUGAAGCCAUUGGCCGGAAGGAUGGCAGUACAAGUCUUCCAGCUUAUGGUUUCGAUGUCUUGGUGGUGGAUGACCACGGCCGACCCACGACCGCCAACACUCCGGGCAGUUUGUUGGUGAGGCUGCCCUUGCCUCCAGGGACCUUCCCUACUCUUUGGAAGAACGAUGCAGGCUUUGUCAAGUCCUACAUGGAAACGUACCCGGGCUACUUCUACACUGGUGAUGCUGGAGUUAUUGACCAAGACGGCUAUGUCACUGUACUUGAACGUAAUGAUGACAUAAUCAAUGUCGCAGCACACAGGCUCUCCUGCGGCCAAAUCGAGGCUGCAAUCAAAGCUCACCCAGAUGUGAAUGACUGCGCUGUGGUCGGGGCAGCUGACCCAAUCAAGGGCCAGGUGCCACUCGCAUUACUGGUGCUAAAUGAUGGCCUGUCAAAAGAUCCGGAGGACAUCGUGAAGGAAGUGAAGGAGAAGGUUCGCCAUGACAUCGGUGCCAUUGCCUCUUUAGCCGGGGCCACCGUCGUGGAGCAACUCCCCAAGACACGAAGUGGAAAGGUCUUGAGGAAGAAUAUCCGUGGCAUGGCUGAUGGAAAAUUGCCACCCAUCCCCGGUACCAUCGAGAAGAACCCACCUGCAUUGGACUUGGCCCUUGAGGGCUUGAAGCGUAUGGGCUUUGCAAAAGGUCUCUAAGCACAAAAGCUGCCAGACUUGGCACGAUGAUGCCAACUUGAAGUUGUUUGUCCAUAGGCGUCCUCUGAGGAUGCAAGGAGAGUUUUCAAUGCUUGAAGUCUGGCAGUGGGAGUGUUCAC